GUUCUGUGGAGGAGCAGAUCUUCUCAGAGGAGGCACGAUCUGCCCAAAAAAACAGCCCCGAGAAGAGCAGAAGCAGGAAAGUGAUAAUGAAAGUGGUUGUGGAUGAGGGGAAUUCUGAGGAGGAGCCGAUGUGGUCGGUGCAGGUAGGCGGCCUGUAACGUUGCCGCCUCCGGCUCCUGCCGUGACUCCCGGGUUGACAGGCGGCGAUGCUCCGAACAUGGAGGAGGAAACGGAGCUGGCGGCGGCCUGCAAGGCGCUGCGUUCGUACGCUGAGACCUUUGGAUGCCCGCAGGUGGACUUGAGAGGCCUCCCCUUCUCCGCAGACGACGGCAGCACCAGCGGCGGUGGCAGCGGCGGUGGCAGCGGCAGCGGCGUGCAGGCAGGUUUGGGCGGCACCUGGCAGGCGGACCGGACAGCCGGCGCAGCGGAGGACCUGCUGGCCCUGAUGAGGGAGGUGCAGAGCUUCCCAGAGGGCAUUGCUCAUUUGCUCUCUCAGACCGACCGCCCGGGGUCCCCGGGCGCGGGUCACGGCGUGCCGCCGGGCUUUGCGGAACUUUUUUCUACCACGGCUUGCAGCGCUGAGGACUCCCAGGAGGAUGCGGGGCCGGAGGGGGGGGCGGACACUCAAUGGGGUGCAAAGAUGCAGGAUACGGAUCGGGACCCGUUCAUCUGGCCUGACCUGGGAGAAAUACCAGAUGAUUUAUCUGAAUACCUGAAUGACGAUUACCUCAAGAAGUUUGUGGUGGACACGGAUGUGCUCUUCAACGACCCAUCGCUGGAGUGCGAGGAGGAACUCAGCACCUGCAGUGCGCUUCCCAUGCACCCAGAGGAGGCCGCCGCGGACGUCCUGCAGCAGGAGCCGUCGGACAAAACGGGCAACCGCAGACACAGAAGGAGAAAUAGAGCCCCCCCGGCCGAUGAGGACACACCGUCACGGCCCAAAAGACAGAGAGCGGCAGGUCGACCGAAAACCGUCCUGGAACCGGCUGAGCCAUCGGUGCCUCCAGGGUCACAGCCGAGGUCGGCGGAGAUGGCGGGCCUCUCCGCCCCCCCACCGAGGAUCCUCCACCUCCAUCCCUCCAUCCAGUUCAUCCCCAUCCUAGACGCUGCAGCAUAUCAGGGCGUCCCUCUGAGAGUCUCUCAUCCGGUUAUCAACCUUCCGCUGCCCAACACAGCUGCAACACCCACUUACAUACUGGUUCCUGCUGCCUCGCCACCCUUCCGACAGCAAGUGCCCCCCCUCUCCCCGAUGGACGGAGCGGUGGCGCCGGUCCGAAUGAGUUCAUCCCCCCUGGGGUCUCUGUCGGACACGGCGAGCAAAGCUGUCUCUCCGACUCGUGCCCCGCCCCCCUCCCCCAGCGACGAGAUGAAGGAGUCCGCUGUUCCGCUGUCUCCUGCGGUCCUCGAUGUUCCACAGGUUGUGAAAGACUACAUUCUGGAAGCCAAAGAGCACGUCCGUCAGAGCUGCAAGGGUAUGGAGUCUCAUUACGUGGAUGUGCAGGUGAGCCAGAAAGAGAUUCUCCACUCGGGGAAGAACACUAACAAAGUUCUGGAGAAGGAGCUCGUUAUUGCGGGAGAUACAGAUCGACAAAAAAGCCUUUUGGGGCACAUUCAGAUGUUUAAAGGCUCAAAGGGAGACAAACCCAAAAGCUUCGUGCUGCUACUCGGCAACGCCGGCAUGGGAAAAACCACCCUGAUCAGAAAACUGUGCCUCGACUGGUCCAGGAACUGCUUGCUAGAGUUUGACUUUGUCUUCUCUUUAGACGGCAAAGCACUCUCUUUACCGGAGACCUCGCAUAGCCUUCAGACUCUCCUGUUGAACUUCUCCUCUUUGGCCCCUCCUUGCACGGACCCUGAGGCAGUGUACGCUCAAAUCCUCGCGGCCCCCAAGCGCGUGCUCGUCAUAUUCGACGGGUUCGACGAGGUGCGGGACUAUGAAAUCCUCCUCCAGACUCAAGAAAAAGACUUGAUAACGUCAUUGCACAAAGACAGCAAAGCGCCGGCCUACACGGUGAGACAGUUGUACUCGGCCAUCCUUCAGAGGGUCCUUCUCCCUGGCUGCACGCUGUUGCUCGCCACGCGGCCGCGAGGCAGCGCCAGCCAGCUGCUGAGGCGGACCGACAGUCUUUUGGAGGUGUGCGGCUUUAACCCCGCCAACGUAGAAACAUAUUUAACCCAGUACUUCGCUGACAGGGACCUCGGGGCAGCCGCUGUGGACACCUUGAAAAGCUGCAGCUAUCUACAACUCCUUUGUUGGAACCCUGCUCUGUGCCGGUUGGUCUGCUUGGUGUUGGAGCACCGCAGAGGUUUGGGUGACUUACCGAGAACUUUAACCGGGCUCUGCCAUCGAGUGCUCUGCCUGAAGCUGGAAGGGGAGAGAAGGAGGGCGCUCUCAGAGGCCGAGCCUCAAUCUGGGCCAUCGGCAGAAGAAACGCAAUCACAAAUCUCAGGGAGUUCUCCAGGCGACAGGCGCCGAAGAAACGCCCGGUCCGGAGCGGAAGUUCGCACGCGCUCUCGCACCCAAAGCGAGAAAGAGGAAGACGGCGUCAACGGGGAGAAAAUGAAGAGCGUUGGCGGCGAGGUGGACAGAACCGAGAGAGCGUUGCUGUCCCAGCUGAGUUCUCUGGCCUGGAAGGGUGUCAAAGCGAACUCGUCCAUUCUCUCCACUGAACUUGCCAUAUCUGCCAAACUCAAGGCGUUCGGCCAAAGGACAGGGCUCUUCUUCUCUUACCGCCGGAGGACGAGGCCAGAUGUCUCGAGUGAUGGUCGAGACGGGGGAGGAGGAGAGGACGGAGAAGAAACGGGAACACAAAAGAAUGGAAAAAGGAGGGGAAAGAAGGGGAAGGCGUAUGAUGAAGACGCUGGUGCAAGCGAGGAGCACUUCCUGCUGUGGGCCAACCCUUUCCUGCAGAGCUACCUGGCAGCAAUUCAUCUGUCUCUGUCAAGGACCGUGACGGACCGGGCCUUCCUCCAGACGCUCCCUUUCCACCCGCGCCAGAAGGAGCGUCGGCGGCCUCAGAGGGAGGAGGUCGAUCUCACCCAGCGAUUCGCAGUCGGGCUCCUGUUCCACGACGGGGCCGAGCUGCAGAGGCUCCGCUCGUCCCCGGAGACUUCCGUCAGAGACAUGGUGGCCGCCAAGCAGGCGUUGGUGACAAGGCACCUUGAGGGGCUUUCCCACGGGGACCUGAGCCCCGCCCAAGUCCUGGAGGCUUGUCACCAUGUUUACGAGGCCAGUUGCACGCACGGCGGCGGCGGCGGAGUGGGGGGCGGCGCGCGCCUAGUCGCUCACCUGGCCGCCAACCUUCCAGAAGUCCUGACGUUCCACGGAGUUCCGCUCACGCCGUCGGACGUGUUUGCCGUGAGGAACGUUCUCGAAAGGGGUGGAAGAGAAGGAAGGAGUUUCUGUUUGGAUUUGGAGGAUUCAGGGAUUCAGAUCCCGGGCCUCAGAGCUCUAGUCGGCCUAGACAACAUCAUUACGUACAGGGCGUGCAUCGCUGAUGUCAUCUCCUUGUGGGAGCAGCUGGAGCAGAGUGGCGAAGAAGUCCUCUUACGAGAGACUGUGUCCAAAUUCAAGAUCCACCCUCUGAAAGCCACGCGCGCCUGUCACGUGGAACACCUGGCCAAGCUGGUGCACUUACACGCGCGCAAGAGGCUGUCGCCCAGUUCCAGCCAAUCGGAUUCCAUCCUGUCCGAGGGAGUGCCAGCUGUCAAAGAGCUUCACAAGCUGGAGUUUGAGCUCGGGCCGGAGAAAUGUGCCCCGGUUCUUUUGCAGCUUUGGGAGCUCCUGCCUGGUCUACAGAAUCUCCAACACUUGGAUAUGGAGAACAGUAAGAUUGGGGACGGAGGAGCAGAGAAACUGGCCGAUGCUUUGGUUCACCUUGGAUCUCUGGAGAUACUUAAUCUCUCGCAGAACUGCAUCGGCAACGAGGGUGUUAAGAAACUAGCAAUCACACUGGGGGAUCUACCCAAACUGCACGGCUUGAGUCUCUACAGUAACGAGAUUUCCGAUGAAGGGGCCGAGAGCUUAGCGGCUGCCCUCCCACAGGCGCCGUCGCUCACGGACCUGGACUUGGAGUACAACAAGCUGACAGACGUCGGAGCACAGAGUUUGGGAGCAAGUCUGAGAAACUGUAAAAAGAUGAAGACUCUGAGGAUGUGGAACCAGUGUAUUCCAUAUGGAGUCUUUGAGAGACUUCAGCAGCAGGACCACCGGAUCCAUUGGCAGUAGAAUGAGAAGCACUCACUGGAACAAAGACUGUGUGUGUGUGUGUGUGUGUGUGUGUGUGUGUGUGUGUGUGUGUGUGUGUACUUGUACUGUGUUUUAAACGCUUGUAGAAAGUUAAGAAGCACAUUUGCACUGAUACUUGAAAAUAUGAAAUCAUGGAUUUGUUUGCUGUUUGCUGCGGCUUUAAAUGAGACAUUGCUUAACAAUCACACGCACUUUAAAGUAAAUGGAAUGGAUGUCGCAGGGUUUCAUCUUUCCUUUCCUCUUUUUCUCCAAUAGUUUUAUAUGUUUACAGAGUUUGAUUUGUUGAGCACUUCUUUUGGCUUCCUUUUUUAUAAAAUGUCAGUUCUCUAUUUUGAUGCAUGUUGUAGUGUUGUAUGUCCAAACGCAGCAACACUAAGUUCAUCAUGGUACCUUAUUUAUAUUUACGCCGAUAUGUGUUUAGAGUGAGGGCAGAACUAAUUGUAAUAAAAUUAUUUGAAAAAGUCAUAAUCAAUUGCUUGUAGUGUGUUAAAGAAAAUGAAGGAUACAGUUCUUUGGGAGCUUUAAGACAAAAAUUCAAAAUAGGUACUAAUUAAGAACUGAAUAACAGUUCUAUAUUUAGUUAGUGUGACCAUACUCUCAAAUAAAGUCAAACGUAUUCUUCUGUAUUUAACUAAUGUGAAAUAGCUUCAUGCCUUCAUAACAUCUUGGUAAACUUGGAUACCAAAGAUCACACAAAUCACAUCAGAAUAUGUCAAGUAGCGUAUUAGUAUAAUUUUAGCGAGCCGACGCCAUCUAGUGCACUAAGUGUAAAGUGACAUCCAAGUUUAAAGCCUGAGAUG